AUGGGCAUUGUGAAUCGUCAGUUGGCUGAGGGUGUUCGAGGUAUAAUGUUGUCAAGUAAGUUAGGGCAAAUGGGUAAUUGCCUCGGUUGUAGUAAACCGCAAUGCAAAGGCGAUAACGCUAAGUGCAGGGGCAUUGCUUUUGCCUGCGUGCUUGCCGGCACUAUUCUAUUAAUCGCCUUUGUCGUCUUGGUCUUUUACACCCUCGGUAUAUUCCACAACAAAAGUCUGGGUACAAUUUUCGCCGAAAUACGUGAUGGAUUCCGUAGUUCAAAGCCUAAACUCCAAUAG